CGUGACCUUUCGUAGUGGAAGCAUGAGUUCUGCCAAACUGAGAACUGUUUAGAGCUUUAUUAUUAGUUGGUGCAUUUGUGAUUUAUAUGAUAUUCUAUGUCGCUUCUGUCAUUCAAGUAUAUGACACAAUGGAGUCAAGUCCAAAACGGUUAUUUCACCAAAUCAGCGUUUAAUGUCGAAGGCUAACGCACCUAUCUCGUCCUGAAGUGACAGCCACUGCACUUGAGUUACAGUCAUGAGGUUUGUGAAGCUGUCUUUGCUAAAUGAGCUGCGGCAUUGUUGUCAGUCAUUGCCUACAUUACACCCGAGGAGAAGACCUCUAUUGUUUACGUCGGCAUGCUCAUCAUUUUCCGCAUUCAACUGGGUCCAGACGACUCCCAUCCGAACUCACAGCACUAGCUGGCCGAGAUGGAAAGACGCGACUCAGCCCAAAAACCAAGAACCAGAACCCGAGAAGUUGGACUUGGAUAUCUGGAAGACCGUGAUGCGGUCUCAGGUGGCACAGGGCGAAACGGGAGCACUGAACAGUACCGGUACCGGUGACCCUGAUGCUGCCGAGGAAGACGAAGACACGAGUCAGGACUCAUCACUGGAGGCCACCCGGGAACUGGUGGCGAUGUGGCGCCUGGCGGGCAAGCUAGUCCCCGAGGACAUCAACGAUGAGCAGCUGCUACAUGUAGCGGAGCUCACCACCAAGUCAGCCAAGAAGAAGUACCUGAAAUUCUUGGCCAUCAAAGAAAACUUGAAAAUGGCCAAAAAGAGGAAGCAGGAGGAGAAAAGAGCCUCCAUCCUGGAGGAGAAACAGAGACUGAGCGAAGACAUGACAGCAGCGGAUGAGGAAGACGAGGGAGGUAGCAAGCUGAAGAACACUUUCCUGGUGCCCUUCUGGCAGCGGUCGCUGGACAAACUCCUCGCCUGGCGCUGCGUCCAGGCCAUGCGCUUCGGCCAGCCGCUGGUGUUCGACAUGAGCUACGAGGAGGACAUGUCCAAGCGGGAGCUGGACAACGCCAUCGCCCAGCUGGUGGAGACGGAGGGCUGGAACCGGCGCUCCCAAGACCCCUUCCACCUGCACUUCUGCAAUCUAGACCCUGAAGGGGGAUACUACAAGGAGCUGCUCAAACGCUACGGUCAAGAGGCAUGGGAACGCCUCCUGAUCACGGCCUCACCACAGCGCUAUGUGGACCUGUUCCCCCGGCAACAGCUUGUGUAUCUCACUUCCGACUCCCCGAACAUCCUGCGCACCUUCGACCACAACAAGGUUUACAUCGUGGGCGCCCUGGUGGACCGCUCCAGCCAGCCGGGCCUCUCGCUGGCCAACGCCAAGCGGCUGAAGCUGGCCACCGCGCGGCUGCCGCUGGACGAGCAUCUGGACUGGGAGUGCGGCGCCAAGAACCUGAGUCUGGACCAGAUGAUCCGAAUCCUGCUGACCGCCAAGCAGACGGGGAACUGGGAGCAGGCGCUGGCCUUCGUCCCCACGAGGAAACACACCGGCUUCCACUCCACCAAGAGGGCGGAGCGAGACGUGACCAAGAGGGCGGAGCGAGAUGUGACCAAGAGGGCGGACCGGGACUCUGGUUUUAAAGAGAGGAGAGAGAACGCGACAACAUACGCAGACAGGCAGCAUAAGAAUCUGUUCAUCAGUAAACAGCGCUCUAAGCCUCCUCCAGGUGUGAGGAGUGCGGUGCAGGGGAGCCCUGUGGAGGACGUACUGAAGAGGAAGCUGGCACUGAGGCCCCCUGCUGGAGGAAGAGGAGGAGGAGGAGGAGCAGCAGGAGGAGGAGGAGGAGGUGGAGGAGCACAGAGGAGCGGGAAGAACUGGUGGGAGGAGAAAUAACUCAGUAGCCAUGGCAAUGGGCUGGCGGGCCCGGGGCAAAGUCAUCUGAAUAGGUCUCCCCAUCCAUGUAAUGACAAGGAACCAAUUCUGGGCCCCCUCUCUCCCUGGGCCCGGGAUAA